CCGCGCCCAGGGACGGUCGGGCCUUAUAAAGCGGCGGCAGCCGGGGCCCGGCACGCUCCCUCCGAGCCUGCUGCCCACGCGCCCUCCUGUCCACCCUGCCCACUGGCCAGGGCCCGGCCGCCCGCCCGUGGAUGAGCCACAGGACCUCCUCCACCUUCAGAGCGGAGAGAAGCUUCCAUUCUUCCUCCUCCUCCUCCUCAGCCUCCCACACCCUUCCCGCCCAGGAGCCACCCAUGGAGAAGGCGUUGAGCAUGUUCUCCGAGGAUUUCGGCAGCUUCAUGCGGCCCCACUCGGAGCCCCUGGCCUUCCCAGCCCUCCCCACAGCCCGUCCCGGGGGGCAGGGCAACAUCAAGACCCUGGGAGAUGCCUAUGAGUUUGCCGUGGACGUGAGCGACUUCUCACCUGAAGACAUCAUCGUCACCACCUCCAACAACAACAUCGAGGUGCGAGCUGAGAAGCUGGCAGCUGACGGCACGGUCAUGAACACCUUUGCUCACAAGUGCCAACUGCCGGAGGACGUGGACCCCACGUCGGUGACCUCGGCCCUGCGGGAGGACGGCAGCCUCACCAUCCGGGCUCGGCGCCAACCACACACGGAGCACGUCCAGCAGAUCUUCCGGACCGAGAUAAAAAUCUGAGGGCCUCCCACUCCCUUCCCCCAGCUCCCCCAUCUUCUCCCCCACUGGCCGGCCAGGGUGGCUCUCCUGACCCCCUCAUGACAGCUUCCGGGACAUCUCAGCCCAGGUUCAGGCCCUGACACCUCAACCCCAGACCCCAGGUGGGUCAUCCCCUCCAAAUGUGGCCUUCUGCUCUACCCAGGGCAGGCCAGGGACCCCCUUGCUUCACCCGUGGCGCCCAGAUUCCAGAUAUGGCCUCGUUCACUUAAUCCAGAAUAAAGGGAUUGGGAUGGAGAACAGGAGAUCCCGACGAAGCCAGUUUGGGGAAGGGGGAUUGGGACAGGCAGGAUCUCUGGGCAAAUAAUCUGCAGGACAGACAGACAAAUUCUGAUCUAUGGAGUCUCUGCAGGGCAGGGGCAGGGGGACUGGGGACCUGGGACCCCCUUGGCUAAGGGGAGCGGGAGAGGCAGAGGGAGAUCACAGGCAGAGGUGCCCAGCGAAAGUGAACUGCCCGGGCACAAGGAGGCCAGAGACAGCCAUGAUGGUCUGCUUCCCCUAUGCUGCCCUCCAAGUCCCGAACCAGCUGCCAGGCUGUCUGCCCACAAGGUGCCCCAGCCAGCCAGCUGUGCCAGCGCAGGGCCACACUGUGUCUGUAUAUAGAUGGGGUUUUUCCAAUACAGCUGGUUCGUGAUAAACUGUGUGAACCGUCUGUUACCUGCUCAUAUGCCCCCAGGUAAGCCUGGGCCAAGGGGUGGGGCUAAUCCUUCUCCCUCCCACCCAGAGACCUGGGCUCCCGGGGCUGCCUCCACUGCAGACAGCUUACCCAGCAGAGGAAGCAUGCAUGGGGCUUUGGGUCCUCAAGGUAGGACCCCAGCUUCCUGCCAACCUUCCCCUGUGGCCAUUCACCUCCCCCAUCCUGUCCUCUAUAAUCCGCGAAGCUAUAGGCUUGGUGUGUGUAUACCACACACACACACACACACACACACAAACAGGCGUACACACAUGCACGUGCGCACGUGCACACUUAUCUUUGUCCUUCAAAUACUAAACAUUACCACUGGUUAAAGCCAAAUUUGGAAUGCUCUAAAAUCAGAUUUGCAAACUCCAUUCUUCUCAAUGGGGACAGAGUCUGAACAGCUGAGCGCCCAGCUUAACCUCUGAUGGCUGGAUUUUAACCCACAAUGUCAGAAGCUGCUCUCAAACCGCCCUCCCAGCCCUCCGUGCAAUGGGGGGUAGUUCUCCUUAUUCUGCCUCUCAGCCUGUGCACCCUGUGCCCACAGUUUCCUGCUAGAGAAUGUCCUAAUCACAGGAAGAGUCCCCACCCCAGUUCCCUCCCAGUCCCCAGUCCAGGGCAAGGACCUCCCGUCUGCCUUCAUUCUGGGGAGCCCCAACUGCCCCCCGUGACCCUGGCUCAGUCUCCCACAUACAGAAGCAGGGGUGAUGGGUAAGGGUGGUUCCCAGUUAGUCAGGGCCCCCGGAGCAAGUGGCAAGGCCAGCCUCAGCCCCCUGCACCUCUUUGGUCAGUGUUCUGUAAGGUGCCCUCUCAUCCCUGCCAUUCUGGGGCCCUUAGGAAAUGACUCGGGGUGGGGGGCGCAGAGGAGGGUUCUGGCAUUGUACCCUGCACACACAAUAAACAACAGAAUCAUGGACUUCU